UGAACAUCAUAUCAAAACACAUCUCAGGCGCAGCGAUUACCAGGUGCAAGUGGUCGAUUAUGCCCAUUGUAACGGAGCCAAUCGCUCACCCCCAGCGGCUGCAUGAACCCCAUACUUCUCAUUGGAUGCGGUUGCCUGUUAGCCUUCUUUACAGCUGCAAAGCCUCAGUACGCGCGCAAGUCGGAGAUCUUAUCACCGGGAAACAUAUCAACUGGUUGUUGCAGAGGAAUCCACGAGUCGCUAGGGACUAAUCAUGAGACUUCUAUCGACGAAGACGACGAAACUCGAGGUUUUUGAUCUCGAAAAUGCCCCACCUUACGCCGCUUUAUCCCACCUCUGGGAGCAUGAUGAGGUUCGAUUCCAAGAUAUGGGAGACUUGGCCGCGGCGGCUCAGAGAAGUGGCUUUCGCAAGAUAGAGUCCGCUUGUGUUGUUGCCGCAGAAGAAGGACUCGGGUAUAUCUGGAUUGAUACUUGUUGCGUGGACAAGGAAAAUGAAGCCAAACGAAGCGAAGCUGUCGAGUCUAGCUUCCGCACUUUCAUAUCAGCAACAAUAUGUAUAGCAUACCUGUCUGACGACGACGAGCUAAAGCCCAAGUUCCGAAAUUCUCUCAGGCGCAGUACAUGGUUUACACGGUCAUGGACACUGCCGGAACUUAUUGCUCCACCCGAGCUUGUAUUCUAUUCCUGUGGAUGGAAAGUCAUGGGCACACGGUCGGAGCUCCAGAACGAUCUGUUCAAUAUUACCGCGGUUGGCCCUUUCAUUCUCCAGGGCGGUGAUCUCGCAAAGGUAUCUGUGGCCCGGAAGAUGUUCUGGGCCACGAACCGCAACACGCAUCGACAUGAGGAAGUUGCAUAUACCCUGUCUGGCUUAUUCGGGAUCGAGAUGAUGCCAAUAUAUGGAAAGGGCAACGCGAACGCAUUCUUACGUCUGCAAGAACACAUUGCGAAGACCGUCCCAGAUCCAACCCUUUUCGCCUGGAGAGACGAUUGGUCCCAGAAACUUUUUGGCAAACAGUCCAAGUGCUUUUAG